AUGUUUGUCCGCCUGGGCGCAGAUGGUAUUGCACAUGCGUUGUUGGGGCCGGGAUCGGUACAAACCACGACCAAAUCCGGCUCUAGGGUCAAAAUAACGUGCGAUACGGGGUAUCCGUUUGGAAAGGUGUUUUGGUAUAGCAUCGAGGCCGAGGGAGAUUUUGUUUUCCAUGUUCGGGUGCCGAAAUGGGCGAACACGGACCGUUCCUGGAUCUCUGUUGACGGCGGACCACGGCACCCAUUAUCACCAAAUACCAACGACGGCAUGCAAGGACUGCGCCUGAGUACUGGAAAGCACGUUGUGAUGUACUCGCUAGACACAGAGAUCCGAGUUGUUCCCCGGGCGAACAACACCGUUUCAAUCUACCACGGCGCCCUCCUGUAUGCGGUCCCGCUGAACCCGGAAGUGACAUACACGCAGUCAACCUAUCCAAACGCACCCCCGCUAGCAAGGGAGUAUACAAUGACUCCAAGGAAGAAAUGGAACUUGGCGAUCGAUCCAUCGAGCCUCCGCUUCAAAGGCCUGUCCGACCCGCAUGCUCCACUGCCAAAGCCCGUCUGGGGCGAGGGGAAUUCAGUCACGACUAUAGCAGCCAGGGUCUGCCAGAUUAAGUGGGAGCUGACGGAGCCUCGUGGCCAUGCGCCAAAUCCUCCUCGUGGGUCAGACAGAGAGUGCGUUGGUGAACCUUUUACGGUUGAGCUGGUCCCAUAUGGAACUGCUAAACUGCACAUGGCAGAAUUGCCGGUCAUGCAGUAG